CCGCUCGUCCUCAUGACCGCCAGGCGCUUGUGCAGGUGCCGCUGAGCACUGCAGGGCCACCAAGACACUAAGACGACCGGCCGACGAUGGCUGAUGCGGUGGAGACGGAGCUCGCCGGCACCGGCGCCAGCGUCAUUGUCGUUGCGCCCUCCUCGCAGAAUGCGCCGUCGCCACAGCAAGAACGCCACCAGCCACAGCAGCAGCAGCAACCACAACCACAACCGCAACAACGAGCGCCCGACGCAGCCAAGGACCCGGCCGAGCCUAUCUUCCCGCUGCUCCACAACAAUGCCGGCGCCGACGCCGACUCGGUCACCUCGGGGGCCUCGGGUCCCUCGCGCGCCGCCGGCGGCGUGGGUGAGGACAACGACGAGGACGAGCCCGCCGUUGCCCGCCCCUUCCACCGCACCUCGAGCCCUGAUGUGCCGUCGCGACCUGGACUGGGCAAGACCGUCGAGGAUGCCGACGACGACGAAGGGCGCGGCGGGGGAGCCACCUGCGCCGGCAACGGCCUACCGCGGCCGCGCCUGAAGCAGCAGAUGCACCGCUUCAGCCUGUACGAGACGGCCAGCCGCUUCUACAUCGUCGGUGGCGACGUGACCGAGAAGCGCUACCGCAUCCUCAAGAUCGAUCGCACCAAUGAGGACGCCUCAGAGCUGAGCAUCACCGACGACAAGACCGUGUACUCGCAGAAGGACAUGAACCAGCUGCUCGACACCAUCGACGAUGGCAACAAGGGGACCGGCGGCCUGAAGCUGCGCUGCACCACCUGGGGCCUGCUGGGCUUCAUCAAGUUCACGGGACCCUACUACAUGCUGCUGAUCACCAAGAAGAGCACCGUCGCCAUGAUCGGCGGCCACUACGUCUACCAGAUCGACGGCACCGACCUCAUCCCGCUGACCUCUCCCAACUUCAAGAUGGACCAGCGCAACACCGAGGAGUCGCGCUUCCUGAGCAUCCUCAACAACUUGGACCUGACCCGGUCCUUCUACUACAGCUACUCGUACGACAUCACCCGCACUCUGCAGCACAACAUCGCCCGCGAACGGACAGCCCUGCUCAGCGGCCGUCCGUGCUCUGCCGACGACGACUUCAACCCCAUGUUCGUUUGGAAUCACCACCUGCUCCAGCCGGCCGCGAAGGUCCUCAACGCCCCGUUCGACUGGUGCCGCCCCAUCAUCCACGGAUACAUCGACCAGGCCGCCGUGUCUGUCUAUGGGCGGACUGCCCAUAUCACCGUCAUCGCUCGCCGCAGCCGGUUCUUUGCCGGCGCCAGGUUCCUCAAGCGGGGCGCCAACGACCUGGGAUACGUGGCCAACGACGUCGAGACGGAGCAAAUCGUGUCCGAGGCCAUGACUACGUCGUUCCACGCGCCGGGACCCAGGUUCUUUGCCAGCCCAACUUACACGUCGUACGUGCAGCACCGCGGCUCCAUCCCGCUCUACUGGACGCAGGACAAUACCGGCGUCACCCCGAAGCCGCCGAUCGAGCUGAACCUGGUCGACCCUUUCUACACGGCGGCCGCCCUGCACUUCGACAAUCUGUUUGAGCGCUACGGCGCGCCCAUCUACGUGCUGAACCUGAUCAAGGCUCGCGAGCGGACGCCGCGCGAGAGCAAGCUGCUGGACGAGUACACUCGCGCCAUUGCCUAUCUCAACCAGUUCUUGCCCGCCGACAAGAAGAUCAUCUAUCGCGCAUGGGAUAUGUCGCGCGCCGCCAAGAGCCGCGAUCAAGAUGUCAUCGGCACCCUCGAGACCAUCGCUGAGGACGUCGUCAGAACAACGGGCUUCUUCCAGAAUGGCGACGGCCACACCACCCCGAUCCGGGUGCAGAACGGCGUGGCGCGGACCAAUUGCAUCGACUGCCUGGACCGGACGAAUGCCGCCCAGUUUGUCAUUGGCAAGCGCGCCCUGGGCUACCAGCUCCAUGCCCUCGGCAUCCUAGGCGAGACCACGGUCGAGUACGACACCGAUGCGGUCAACCUGUUCACCCAUAUGUGGCACGACCACGGCGACACCAUUGCCGUGCAGUAUGGCGGGUCGCAGCUGGUCAACACCAUGGAGACGUACCGCAAGAUCAACCAGUGGACCAGCCAUUCGCGCGACAUGAUCGAGAGCUUCAAGCGCUACUACAACAAUUCGUUCCUCGACGGCCAACGCCAGGAGGCGUACAACCUAUUCCUGGGCAACUACAUCUUUGCGCAGGGGCAACCCAUGCUCUGGGACCUGGCCACGGACUACUACCUCCACCACGAGGACCCGCGUACCUGGCUCGAGAAGCGGAAGCGCGACUACAUUAACUGGUACACCCCCGAGUUUCUGGAGCCGCGCGUGCUCCCGCCGUACCCCGCCAUUAAGCCAGCGGCAACCAAGAAACCCAUAUCCGCAUACGAUGACUACUGGCUCGAAUACUACCGCCCGUCCACGCUCUCCUCGUUUCCCAAGAUGUUCCCUUACAAGAUGAAUUCGACUAUCAAAUACAUCCCCUUCAAGUCGACCCUGGACGGUCGCUAUGAUCUCAGCCCGUUCCGGGUGCGCACCGAGACCGACGGCGACGCCCAGGAGAAGCGGAAGGCCAAGAAGGAAGUUUCCAUCGUCGCGCCGCAAGACCUGGCCCGCUUGGCCGACGACACGGAGACGUCCUCCGUCAGCGAGAAGCCUUCUAGUCCAACGCCCAGCGCCACCGCCGGCCACCACAGCCGCAGCAUGUCGCUCCACCGCUGGUUGCACGAGAAACAGCAGGGCCCUAACGGAACCUCGCACCACAGCAACAAUCACCACCACUCUGGCCAUCACCAGCGCCACAGCAGCCUCACCGAUGAACCGGCCUCGCCCUUCGCCUCCGCACCACCCUCCCACCAGCACCACCCUCCUCCUUCUCACCCCGAGCAUCAUUACCACCACCACCACGAUCAUCACAGUCACCACCACCACCCCCACAGCCAACACCCACAGUAUCAGCAACAACAACACCCCCUACCCCGCUCCACCACCGCCGCGGCGGCGGACAAGCCGCACAAGACGGCGCUGGAGAAGUCGCGCGCGGCGCAGUGGACCUUCGCGCAGGUGGUGCACGACAGCCUCAACCCGAGCGUCAGCGCGGCCGAGGCGGCCGACUACGCGCGCUACGUCGCGCACCCGCACAACCUGCCGCUCGUCGUCUCGUCGGACCUGCUGCCCGCCGAGGCCGACGCGGUCGAGCCCGAGUACGUGCGCUUCGUGCACGGCCGGUGGCGCGUCGAGGGCCUGGGCUCCCUGCCCGAGUGGGAGGCGGGGGGGAACAGCACCACCGCCCCCCAUGGAAGCUGGGGUGCGAGUGGGAAUGGGCAUGGGAGCGGCGGGGAUGAGUUUAGGCAGGGGUUAAUUGCGGGUGGUGGUGGGGGUGGGGGUAGUAGUGGCGUGGAAUCUGCUACCGGGGAAGCGGAACGCGAAGAGGGCGACCGGGCGCUGUACGUCGAGACGGUGCGCGUUGCGGAGAACCCGCUCACGGUCACGGAGGAGGACGCGCUCAAGAAGCGGUACAAGGCGUACCGCAAGUGGCUGCGGGGCAAGAGCCUGUUUAAGCAGCAGCCGGUGGACUAGGAGAUGCCGGCGGCGCUGACGGCCGGGUUUGGUCGCCGUCGUCCUGCUGGACGCGGGGAUGUGUGGGAGGGGCGGGUCGCGGGGCGGUGAGUCGGCUGCGACCGGGGGGCCGGGGGGAAUAACCCGGCGUCGAGAAAAAGAGAAACUGGGGAAGGUUCAGCUGGAUGGGAACAGCUGGGCCAGGCGGGG